AGAGGGAGAGAGGCAGAGUACCAGUGAGCAAAAAUGGAGGAACUUAAAAAGCUAGAGCAAGUACAGAGGACGCUAGAGUUCAUGGAGUCUCGUGGCAUAGCGACCUCAUCCGAUCGCGACUCUAAUCGCUUCCUCACAAAUCUCAUCGCCCUCUUGAUACAACCGUGUGGAGAGCUGGGCUUGGAAAAGAAGUGCAGUUUGGUCUCAGAACUCAUGCCAAAGAUUUCAGCUGCGUUUCUUGAGGAAGCGUCGCUCUGGCUUAGUCGGGAAGGCACAAAAGAAGUGGAAGACAAGCAUAAUGGCUGUUGUCGAAAUUUUGUUGAUAAUCCUUUGCAGCUUGAUUGUGACAAUAAGGAGGAUCCCGGUUUGUUACAAACUAAUUUUGAAGACAUGGCUCUGGUUGGGCUGGAUGCAAUGCAACGAGCAAAUUCUACUCUUGAGGAUUUUUGCAGAUCCUAUUUUAUGUUCCAUGGAAUGGACGUAAACAGGCCGCAAUCAUUAUUCAAAUAUUUACCUGUGCUUUCAUUCACAGAAAGUUUUAUCUAUCAGCUGGAUAGUUUGAAUGAGAAGAUGCUGCAUCUACCAACCAGUGGAAUCACUGUUUCAGAAAGAGGAUCCAAGACACAGGAAGGAAACACUAAGUUCACAGAUGCAUUUAAAAGCAAUCCAUUUGUACAACUUGAGGGUCUACUUGAAUGCCGUGAUCUUUUGACAGAAAGGAUAAGAGAAGAAUUUAGGUGUGGAGAAGAGUAUUGGGCUUUAGAAAGAAAGCUCUGCCGUGCACUGAUGAGCAAAGAGAAGAUCUCUGUUGAAGAUGUGUUGAGGGCAAUACAUCUAAAAUCGUUUGAUUAUCGAGUUCUAAAUCUUCUUCUAUAUCAGCUGAGAGGAGAAGAGGUUAAUAAUUUGCAUAUGGAGUUUCUCUCUGUCUCAGAAUUCCUAGUGGAGGUAUCCGAUGAUCUGUUUGACUAUGAGGAUGAUGUAAUAGAGAAUAGUUUCAAUGUUUUGCGCAUGUUUGUCAGAAUAUGUGGAGCUUCAAAAGCCCCAGCUAUGCUGGCAAAAUACAUUGCUGAGGCUGAACAGAAGUACGAGAGUUUACUGAAAACCUUGGAUCCCCAGCUAUCUUUGAAUUACCAGAAAAGAUGUGAAGAAGCCACUAAAGAAGGUGGGAAGAUAUCUGGACAUCGACUCGGAACAUGGAGCAUACCACCUGUGAUCGUAGAUGAGGAAUUAUAUCGAUCCAACUUCCCAAAUUCUAAAUGAACAGAGGCAUCUGGAUUAACAUAUAGUUGAUGAAGUGGGUUGAAAUCUCUAGACUUUUACAAUCUGAUUCAUGCAGCGUGCUCUUAAAACCCUUCUGUGUCCACAAAGGUUUAUUGAUUUUAUUUUUCUUAUUUUUACUCUGAUGUUAGACAGUCUUGUACUUGCGAUUUGGGCAUCGUUGUAGAAACUAACUUCACAUAAAUGACAGAAUGAGCAGCAAGACUACAA